UCCAGACCUGAACCGUCACCUGGGGAGGGCCCGGGGAUGAGGACGUGCUGCGGAGGGGGGCAGAGCGGCAGCGGCUCAGUGAGGAACAAGUGACCGCUUUAGCUUCAUGUCACACGGAGGGAGACACGGACGCUACCCUGCCGCUGCUAGCAAGAGGAGGAGCGGAACAGAGGGAGAGUGAGGGGGGGCUGACGGCCGGAAGGGACAUCACUCGCGAGCGUUAGAUCUCCGACUUAUUCCGUUAUCGAUUUGUGUUCAGCGGUAAUCUCCCAAAAGCAGAAGACGAAGAAGGAGACGGGGGCUCGGGGGAUAUCAUCUGCUAGCUUGUAGCCUACCGCCAUCUCUCCUCCGCCUCCUCCGCCGGAGCGACCGCCGUGUCUUCCACACCAUGGGGAACGCGGCCACCGCCAAGAAGGGCAACGAGCUGGAGAGCGAGACCUUUGGUAUGCUCAUUCCUCCAAAAGAUGACCAGAAUGGCAGAACGGCAUUGGUCUCAUUGUGUCAGACUUGCUAGUUGUGCUUGCUUUUUAUUGUGUGCUUUGAUAAUGAGUUCCGUGUUUUUGUUGUCCACAUUCUCUCAAUCUGGAUAUCUGCUGUCUGCUGUGUUUCCCAUACAUUGGUUUGUCUCUGCUUACCAUUUCUAUGCUGUGUUUAUUAGUUUUCCACCAAGUCGUAUUAAGUGAUGCACAAGACGCUCAGACGAAUCUGCCCUGUAACUUUUAAGUGUUGUGGUCCCCUUCCCUUUUAAAUAAGGCUACUAAACAACACCAAACAUACUGAGUGUCUUGGCAUGCAUCACUUGUCUGCCUGUCUUGAACGUUGUCGUCUUGUGUUUGUAUUUUGUCUUUUCUCUUAGAACAAAGUAUGUGGUAUUCUUAAUAUUUUAUUUAUAUCCAGAUGAGAGUUCACCUUGUCCCUUUGUCUUCUGCAUUGAUUUGCAAUUUAAUUUCAAUUUACCUAAAAUGGUCCUUUCCCCUCAUAGUCUGAUAGCAUUUGGUCUUUUUGCCAGUCCCAUCUAAUACAUGAAUGUGUUUUUAUACUAAUAAACCCAAAUAACAUUGCUGAGGAAGAACAGUGGGCUAGCUGCAUAUUAAUAUGCUCUCCUUUUCUCUUUUAGUGAAAGAGUUUCUUGCCAAAGCCAAAGAAGAUUUCUUACGGAAGUGGGAAUGCCCACCACAGAGCACAACGGGCCUCGAUGACUUUGAGAGAUUAAAGACCCUGGGUACUGGCUCGUUUGGGAGAGUCAUGCUGGUGAAACACAAAGGAGCAGAGCAAUACUUCGCCAUGAAAAUACUGGACAAGCAGAAGGUUGUGAAACUCAAGCAAAUAGAACACACGUUAAACGAGAAGAGGAUAUUACAGGCUGUAUGCUUCCCCUUUCUCGUCAGACUUGAGUACGCGUUUAAGGACAACUCCAAUUUGUACAUGGUGAUGGAGUAUGUUCCAGGAGGAGAAAUGUUUUCACACUUAAGACGAAUUGGAAGGUUCAGUGAACCACACGCACGGUUUUAUGCCGCUCAAAUAGUGCUGACGUUUGAGUACCUCCAUUCACUAGAUCUCAUAUACAGAGAUCUGAAGCCUGAGAACCUUCUCAUCGACAACCAUGGCUACAUUCAGGUGACAGACUUUGGAUUUGCCAAGAGGGUAAAAGGCAGGACCUGGACGUUGUGUGGGACACCGGAGUACCUUGCACCAGAAAUCAUCCUCAGCAAAGGCUAUAACAAAGCCGUGGACUGGUGGGCCCUCGGAGUUCUCAUCUAUGAAAUGGCAGCUGGCUACCCUCCGUUCUUUGCAGAUCAACCUAUUCAGAUCUAUGAGAAGAUUGUGUCUGGAAAGGUCCGAUUUCCCUCCCACUUCAGCUCCGACUUAAAGGAUCUGUUGCGAAACCUGCUGCAGGUGGAUCUGACCAAACGCUACGGCAACCUGAAGAACGGAGUCAAUGACAUCAAGGGCCACAAAUGGUUCGCCACAACAGACUGGAUCGCAAUCUACGAGAGAAAGGUGGAAGCCCCGUUCAUACCAAAGUGCAGAGGCCCAGGGGACACGAGCAACUUCGACGACUACGAGGAGGAGGAGAUCCGCGUUUCUUUAACGGAAAAAUGCACGAAAGAGUUUGCAGAGUUUUAGGACGCGGGAACAUGGAUAUAUCAGGGAAAAAUAAGGGGAUCUUUGCACUCUUCUAAAGACUUGGGAAGGAGCAGAGACCAUCGUUUUUUCAGAUCUACUACAUAGUCCCUUCAUUCCACAGGGCUGAAUGAGGUCGCCAUGAUCCUUGGGUGCCGAUAACCUCUCACUGUCACGUACCCCUGCGUAUUAAAGCAGACACACCACUUAUUUGUUUUACUUUUCUUUUUUUUGUACCUACCAAAUGUUUUUUUUUUUUUUUUUUACUUUGAAGCAGUUAGUCUUGGAUGUUGUUAUCCCCUUUUAAAAUAUGACAUUUUCUUUGAAAUUAUGAGGAAAAACUGAGAUAAUGGCCAAUAACAGUCCACACAUUGUAGCUGACUUUGUCUGUGGCAUUUCCACACACAAAUGUGUUGGUUGAAGGGAUCCCCCCCCCCCUCGUCGUCAGCAGUGUAUAUUUAAUGGUCUGUUACAAGUCCACAUCACAUUGGCUAUUGUGAAGUACUGGCCAGCUUUCAGACGUAGUGUUUGUCCUAUGUGCAUAUCUGUCAGUUUUGUAAGACAUUUGAACACGUCGGGUGUUUAAAGCAUGACCAAAUAGGAAAUAUUGGGUGACACAAGAAGAGAGGUUCUUUCCUUUCUUUGCUUUUUGCCUUAGAGAGCCAAAUCCUCAGAUCGCCCCCCCCUCCCCUCCUCACGAAAGUAUCCACUCACUGUCUUCUCUGUAUCCUGACCCAGGCACAGCAAGCCAUUGCAGAAAAAGACAAAGGUUGUUACAUUAGUCAGAUGCUAAUCCAGUUGUUUGUUUUUGAUCCUUUUGGAUCUGUGAGUUACAUGUAAAAUCUGUCAUCUGGUAUCUUCCUCUCUUCUUUUUUUUUUCGUCGCUGUGUCGAACAUUAUAGUCAUAUUGUCCCUAGAUUUCAGGUCUGCUUAUAAAGACCAAUCGUUACGAGUCUGUGGAACAAUGUGACUUCAGUAAAUUGAUCAGAGUGAAGUGAAAUCCUUUUGAGGGUUUCCAUUGAGUGUAAUGUUACGUUAAGGGGAUCAGUGUGAAUGGUGUUCCGGCUUCGUGCCUCAACAUUGUUAGUGAUACCUUACAAAAAGUACAGAAUUUAAUAAUGUAUUAAAUUAAGGAUAUUUUAAAAUCAUGAGAAACAGGAAUGCAAAACUGUAAUUUGCCAUAUUUUCCCUGUUAACCCCCCCCCCCAAAAAACAGAUUGUUGUUUCAUUCUUGUCAAAGAAUGUAGAUUUGCAACUUAUAGGUAUGCAUAUUUGAAGGCUUGAUUUCAAGGUACAGUUUUCCUCACAAUACACUGUCUAAAAUAAAGACUGCUCCUUUGUAUCACAUGUAACCCUGUUAUUGUUAAGCUCAUUACAUUAUACGUAUAUGCAUUGUUUCAUAUAUGUUUUUAUUUAUACACAUUAGAGAUGCUAAUAAAUUUUAUUUUUAAAAGUG